AUGGUGCUUAUAUUGGGUAUGGAGGGCAGUGCCAAUAAAUUGGGCAUUGGUGUGGUUCAAGAUGGUGUGGUCCUGUCUAACCCUCGCGUAACUUAUAUCACUCCACCUGGUGAAGGUUUCCAGCCUUCUGAGACUGCUCGACACCACAUGAAGCAUAUCGUAGAGCUGGUCAAGCAAGCCCUCAAAGAGGCCGGUGAACUGGAUCCGAUUAGAUUGGAUGCUAUUGCCUAUACAAAGGUAGGUAGCGCGCAGAUCAUAUUUUUGGUGUAG